ACAUCUGCAUAUUUCAUUAAUGUAUUUUAACUUUUGUUGUUUGAACUGUGUGAAUAACUCAUCUGAAUGCGAGACCGACUGGAGCUUGAAUAAAUGUUAAUGUUUAGAAACAUGCUACACCGGUACUCCAAUCCAGGAGGUGGCGCUAAGAAAUAUUUAAUGUGAACUUUUACGUGGGGUGUGACGUUUUUCAAAUCAUAGAAAUCCGAUUGAACAAGGUUAGAAGGCUUUUGGAAGAGGUGUUUCACACGGCGCCAGGGAACCCGUCAAGUCAAAGAGGAUAGGACUAUAAGGAGCAGCCAUGGAGGACAAGACACAAGAUCUGUUCAAUCGAGUUGCAGGGAGAUUGGGCUGGUCCCAGCAUGGUGGACUGGACACAACAGAAAAAGAGCUGCUGAGGAGCAUUGGGAAACAAAGAAAGCCUGCCCUGCUCAGCCCAGAUUCUGGGGGUGAAAAGUAUAAACCAACUUCUCCCUCAGUAAUGUCCUUGUUUCCCAAGCUCCACCUGUCAGACUCUGAUAGCAAGGGUGGAAGCUCUUCUGACAAGGAGAACCGAAAGGUAACAAAAGCACCCAGCUGCAAGGAGCAUCGCCAGGCCCGGGCUGCUCUCGACUCAAGCGAGGAUGAGGAGUUUGAUAAGUUCCUGAUUGAAAAGGCGACUCCCAAAAUUGCUGGAAAGGCCACUUGCCGACCACAGAAGGCAAACAGUCCCUGUAUUCUGAUUGUGAACUCUGACAGUGAUGGGAGUUUUGAGGAGUUUCUGAGUCGAGUACAAACACCAAGGACAAAACCAUGCCCAUCUGUGCAAAGCACUGGUGACAGCAGCUUGAAAGCCUUUAUUGUGGAUGACUCCUCUGAUGAUGACUUUGUUUUAGAAAAGAAAAAGACAGUCUCUACUAAAGGCCUCAGGAGCACUCCAGCCAGCCAACUGAAGGCAAAAGAGUGCCCAUCAAUGUGGGAAUCUCCUGUGUUUCUCAAUGACAGUGAAAGCGAGGAGGAGGGAGUUGUGAUCAAGAGCACAUGGAAGCCACGGCACUAUAAGAAAGAGGCUCCUCUGGGCACAGACACUCUCAUGGGCCACUCCGAAUCUGAAAACACAAGGGAACAAGGGAUGAAGAAUCAGCAGCAAGGGGCCCUUCAGAGAUUUGGGUCCCUCAAGUCCAGCACCUCUCUCUCCAAAUUAGAGUUUCCUCUGCGGGAGGCUAAGAUUGUGCACGCGGUCUUCAGUCCAAGAACGCCCCAGGUUGCGUUUGACAGCUCAGAGAGCUCCAAUGACGAGUUUGAAUCGCUGAUGGAGAGGAUAAAGAAGAGGAACCGAGACCUUGGCUCCAAUUCCUCGCUUGCUGGAGCCACUGUCCAUACUGAAUCUAAAAACAACCAAAAUAAGCCCUCAUUUAGGAUCCCAUCUCAGAAACCAGGGAAUGGUAAACGGCUGGGAUCUGCUCCAACCACCAGGGAAAUUGUGUCCGUUCAGACUCCGGUCCAGCCUGCAGGGAGAACUCUUGUGGUCAGUCUGACUGAGCCGAGGGCACAGCACAAUAUCAGCAGAUACCCACAGUGUCGAACAGUAGGUUGUUUCCUUCGUGAUCUCUCAAACCCAAGCUCUUCCUACGUCAAGGGAUUCAAACAGAAGAGGGAAGAGCUGAGCAAGCGGUUAUACCUUCUCUACAACUCCAGCAUCUUUGAUUGCAAGCUCCCUGGGGACAUGGAGGUGACCUGGAAUAAGAAGAUGAGGAAGACUGCAGGGUACUGUGUGACAGGGCAGCGGCGUGGAGUCGAGGUGCAGAGAUAUGCACGCAUAGAGCUCUCUGAGAAAGUGUGUGAUUCUGCAGAGCGCCUGCGGGACACACUGGUCCAUGAGAUGUGCCAUGCAGCCACCUGGCUGAUUAACGGUGUUCGGGAUGGGCACGGGCAGUUCUGGAAAUUGUAUGCCAGGAAGUCGACGGUGGUCCAUCCCGAACUUCCUAUGGUGACACGCUGCCACACCUAUGAGAUCAACUACAAGUAUUACUAUGAGUGCAGAAAGUGCAAAAACAAAAUUGGCCGCCACUCUAAGUCCCUGGACACGCAGCGCUUUGUGUGUGCGCUCUGCACUGGCCAGCUGGUCCUGUUGACAUCUCAGAAGAAUGCUACUCCCGGCAGAACGGAGCUCAAUCCUUUUGCUGCUUUUGUCAAGGAGAACUACAGCUCGACCAAAAAGGAGCUGGAGGGGAUGAGCCAUGGAGACGUCAUGCGUAAACUCAGUGCUGACUUUGCCUCCAAGGCUCAUCUUUGAGUCUUAAGCAUUGUCUUAACUCGCUGCACAGUGGCUAGUUUGGUUCUUUUACCUCCCAUGUUUUCAAGGAAGUGCAACUAUCUGGGAGGCAGCUCAUGAACAACUCCAACUGCUUUUACCCUUUUUUUUGAAGGGUUCAAUCUAUAAAUGUACCUCAUUCUUUUGGAUUCAAUCCUGGACAUACUGUUUAGAUUUCUUGGCUAUAAAUUAAUUACUUUUAAGACCAGUGAAGGUACAACUUAUUCACAAAGUUUUUUUCAGAAAUGAAUUUUGAAAUGCAGCAUUUAUCUGCAUUAAAAAAGUAAUACUAGUAACUGUUUAGCCCUCAUACAAGCCUGUGUAAUAACCCUCCAAUUAAACUCAAAGAGAAAGACAGUUUGUUUUUGUUUAAAGACAGUGAUGGGAAAUGUUUUACGACAGCGCCAGUCAAUGUUUGUACUGUGAAUGUGUUUUGUCAGUGUUUUUUAUUAAUCUUUAAAGCUGUUUUAAUGUUCUUGUUGAGAUAAGCCCAUUGUAGAUGUGUUAUACUUGUUGUUGAACUCCAAUAAAAUAUUAUUUUAUUUAA